AUGGCUUUUACUAGUGAAGAUAUUGAAGAGGCCCUAGCACAAAUGUCUCCCUAUAAAACUCCUGGAUCCAAUGGUUACGGUGAUGGUUUCUAUCAAAAGCAUUGGAAAUUAGUGAAUGAGGAGAUAAGGGGUGUUAAAGUGGCAAGAAGGGGUCCUAGAAUCAAUCAUCUGCUCUUUGCAGAUGAUUGUAUGAUUUUCUAUAGAAGCAUUAUUUCUGAAUGGAACAGUGUUAAGUCUUUGCUAGAUAUGUAUGAAAAUGCUUUAGGGCAGAAACUAAAUAGACAUAAAACAUAUGUUUUCUUUAGUUCUAACACAAGCUGUGGAAGCAAGGAUUUGAUUGGUAAGGAUGCAGAUGUUGUUGCAUAUGGCAGCUUUGAAAGAUAUUUGGGCUUGCCUUCUCUAGUUGCUAUGUUGGGCAAUUUUUGGUGGGGUAAGAAUAAUGAUAGAAAAGGGAUCCAUUGGAAGAGUUGGGACUGUUUGGCUGGGGCAAAAAACAAUGGUGGGUUGGGUUUCAGAAGAUUGGAGGACUUCAAUAUGGCCUUGUUAGGUAAACAUGUUUGGAGGUUUUUAAAUGACCCCACAUCCCUAGUAGCACAGGUCUCUUCUCUAGGGAUUGAGGCAAGGGUCUCAGAUUUAAUCAUUCCAGGAUUAAAGGUGUGGAAUGAGAAACUGAUUAGAGAUCACUUUGGAGACGAGGAGGCUGAGAUGAUAUGUAGUAUGCCGAUUAGCAAGAGAGAAGGGGAGGACAAGAUGAUCUGGAUUCAUAGCAACGAUGGAAAGUUUAAUGUCAAAAGUGCAUAUCACAUGGCAAGGGACAUAAGGAGAAGGGAAGAAGGAGAGGGUGUGGGUGGGGUGAAAGAAGCUGCCAGAUGGAGAAAAUUAUGGAAUUUAAACAUUUCAGGGGCUACAAAACACUUUUUAUGGAGGGCAUGCACCAAUUAUCUUUCUACAAAAGCCUUGCUCCUUAAGAAAAAAGUUGGGAAAGAUGAUAUGUGCCCAAUUUGUAAGUCUGAAAGUGAAGCAAUUUUACAUGCUUUAUGGCAAUGCACAGUUGUGAAUGAUGUUUUUGAAGGGCCAUUCAUUCUUUAG